AUAGGUACUGGUAUGUAUAAAUAGAAUACAACUUUGAACUUUCUCUUGAAUGACAGCAAUGUAAGCGAUCGGAAUCAAUUAUUUUGAAAAAGUUCGGCGCCGCGUAUAUACACAGUUGUGCUGUCGCUAGGAAGAAAAAGCUGCUGGGCACUCAAACAUCGCCCCCAAUUAUUAUGCAGUUGGCCAGCGCUAACAAGGCAAAAACAUCGGUCAGGUAGUGCUCGCAUAGCGCGUGCCGCGAUCAACAAGGUUAUUAGUAUCGACCGACUACAAUGGAGUGAGGCGCGUGGGAGGGGGGGGGGGGGGGGGGUCGGCCCCGCCCGGUUCCCGUAAGCGGAAGCCGGGCGGGGGUCACCCCAGACUGGUAUAAGAGGCAGCGCCCGCCCUCAGUUGGCACUCCUCAAGUCGAACAACCAGCUUCAACAUGCAGUCUCUGAUGGUGUGCGCUGUGCUGGCCGCCGCGGCUGUGCUCGGCUCUGGAUCGCUGCUGUACAGCCGGCCGCUGGGCUACUCCGGGCUGCUGGCCGCCCGGCCGCUGGGUUACUCUACACUGGUAGCCAGCCGGCCGCUGGGCUACUCUGCUCUGGUAGCCAGCCGGCCGCUAGGCUACUCUUCUCUGGUAGCCAGCCGGCCGCUGGGAUACUCUGUAGCCAGCCGGCCGCUGGGCUACUCGGUGGCUGCGGCCGUGACGCCGGUGGCCGUCGGCACCGCCACUGUUUCGCAGUCCCACCAGCAGGACGAGCUCGGCCAGUACGCCUACGGCUACAACACCGGCAGCUCGGCCAAGAACGAGGUGAAGACUGCCGACGGCGUGGUGCGCGGCUCCUACAGCUACGUCGACUCGUACGGCAUCCCGCAGAAGGUCAGCUACGUGGCCGACGCGCUGGGCUUCCGCACGGUGGCGACCAACCUGCCGGUGGCCGCCCACUAGAGCCGGCGCUCCGUGCGCCUGCAGGGGGCAGUCUGACGGCUGUGAAGGGCACUCCUUGCUCUCUGAGAUGGAUGUCUGAAGCUCAGAAGAAGUGACGACAUCGGUCGGGUUUCGUCGGUGCUGAUGACGAUCUGCGCUGAUUCCAUGUUGCAUGCUGGUUCCUUGAGGAGUAUUAGCCAUGCUGAUGACAUUAGGACCGUACGCGGUCAGUUUUGUCUUCGUUCAGUCACACUGUACCAGGUGUCCAUGGUCUAAGCGCAUACCAAGACAGGGCUGUGUUUGUGCGCAAUGUUUUCUUGUGUGAUGAUUAUGCUCUGAUAAGGCUUAGUUCCUUUCUUUUCCAAGAGACUCCAGUCUAUAAUUCGUUCAGUCUCUGUGUCAAAAUAGCAUUUUUUAUCACAAGAUCUUUCACAAAUCUUCACAUUUGUCCCGAAUAGAUUGCUGUAAUGUAUAUAAAUAUGACAGGACCCGCGGAUGCAAAGCUGCUUGAAUAAAAAUCAAAUGUAGGAAUAUACAAAUUACCUGAUA